AUGUUCCAAGAAGCAGUUAAACGUCUCAGUUCAGCCUUUGAAGUUUACCCUUGGGUAUCGGAGCUAUCGGGUAUCCUUCCACUUUCAGCUCUAAUCGACUUUAUUGAGAUCCCGACCAAGCUCCAUGUUUUAGAACUGACCGGUUACGUUCCAUUAUGGGGCUGGGCCAUUACGCCGUCUGGAAGUAGACUGCUACUUUCAAAGCCAAAGACGAUGUGUGGGCAGCCCCUGACCCAAGACUGCUACUUGGAUCGGUACGGCAACUCGCCUGCAUUCGAAGCUCUCGAUGGAUUAUAUGGUGACAGAUAUUUUGUCAAUAAUCCCGAGACACUACGACUUUUACUCGCUGGGGCCAAGAUCACUCAUAUACAGAAUGAUCAUACGAACAUGCAUGAUAGGCAUUUGACCCCCAGAAUUCAAAAUGUCGAAAUCAUUCAUUUCGUCCGACAUAAGCAAAACCCAUUGUCGGAAAGCCUGGCAGAACCAUCGUCGAAAGAGCCACUACAAGUUCCACCAUUCCGACCGUUACUCUCACGUAUUCGAACGUUCAAUAAACCCCUUCGCAAAACACCCUCUCUUUAUAAGGUUACUUCUAUCGUUGGAUGGGUGUUGUGGGUUUUCACAGCGACGGCAAGCGUUUUCUGCGGGCUCUGGAUAUCCUUUUCGUUCAUCGUCCUUCUACCCAUCACUGGAACUAUCGUUUGUCUCCUCUUUGGAUAUCAGCCUAGAAAGCUGCUUGUUGAUAAGAAGAGCGAAUACGUUCGCCUUGUGGUUGUUACCGAGCAUAUGAACACAAGCAACUGGAAGAUCAUCAUGGGAGAAAGCACAAUUGUCAACUCCCUAGUCAACCGGCCUUUGGAACGAAGUGGGCGUCAUCCACCCAACACUCGCACCCUUAUCCUUCGUAACCUCUUACGAAUCUGCAUUGUCGGCCAGUGGGCAAUAGCCUUGGGUGCAUCAGCAAUGAAAUACUGGGAUGCGUAUCUGAUUUGUUUUUGGAUCGCCUUUCCUAUUUUCUGCCAGGCAUACUUGAUAUCACCAAGCUUCUGUGCCAAAGCCUGGUUAGAACAACAGGCAGGAGUCCACGUGGAGCGAUACACCACGCAAGUCAGUAGCCGAAGGUCAUUACUCAAUCUCAUUGUUGCACUCAACCCAGAUACCUUUGGGGUGAAAGAUGGCGAGACCGACUACGCGCAAUUCGCGGGUAGUAGUAUGAAAUGGAUCAACCCGAUUUUGGCCGAAUGCGAGAACCGCAGUACUUGGGAGACUGCUACACGAGAAGCAGCUGAGGCUUUUGCAGGACUUCAAGCAGAUUCUGUUAGGAAAUCUGAUGUUGGUAACCAGUGGGAUCAUGACAGUAAUUUCCCGUCACAAGUCUGGAACGACAAGUGGAGGGUUUUCAUGAGAAAGCCAACUGGAGAGCAAGUUGAAAAGUAUUAUUGGAGAAGGUUCAUUCCCGAGGGAAUCUAUUUGGCCAACAAGAUCAAGAACGAAUCCAACAUACCCCCAGGGAAGCAUGUUGAACAGGUGGAAAGAAUUGUAGUUAAACCUCUGGAUACAGAGAAAUUUAUUGGAUUUUAG